AUGUCUUCUUCGGGGUCUUCUUCGUCUUCAUCUUUCUCCNUUGUUCAGUAUCGUCUNAUGCUUGAAGUCUUGGAGAAGUACGCAAAACNAGGUAACGAAGAGAGGUGGAUCCGAGUGUCUAAAGCACUUUCUCGAUCGAUGCAUCUCNNAGUCAUAUCAGUUGACGAAUGUAAAAGACGCUUUAGGGAUUUGACAUCUUCGCAGACGUGGCAAGAAGACAAAGUGCUUGAGCUCAAAAGAUUGGUGAAACUGUAUGGUUGCGAUUGGGAUCUGAUAAGUGAAAGUCUUGAAAUCAUGCCCAAUAUGUGCUAUGCACGAUUUCUGUAG